AUGACUGCCACUGUGAUGCCCCCAGAUGUCCUGGAUAACCUCAAGCCAGACUGGGUGGUUCCCCUCGUGGCCGCUCUGGUCCACUCCUCCAACACCACCGAGAGUGGUAGUAUCUUCGAAGUUGGCGGUGGCCACAUGGCCAAGCUCCGCUGGGAGCGCGCCAACGGCGCUCUCCUGAAGACUGAUGACUCCCUGACCCCUGGUGCCAUCGCCCGCAAGUGGAACGAGGUCAACGACUUCUCCAAGCCGGACUACCCUACCGGCCCUGCCGAUUUCAUGGGCUUGCUGGAGAAUGGCCUGAAGAUGGCUCCUGCCCCGUCGGGCGAGGAGCCUGACCUCAAGGGCAAGGUGGCCCUGGUCACUGGUGGUGGCAACGGUCUCGGCCGCGCCUACUGCCUGCAGUUUGCCAAGCUCGGCGCCUCCGUUGUGGUCAACGACCUUGUUGACCCGGAACCGGUGGUCCAAGAGAUCAAGAAGUUGGGUGGCAAGGCUGUUGGCAACAAGGCCUCCUGCGAGGACGGUGAUGCCGUUGUCAAGAGUGCCAUCGAUGCCUUUGGCCGCAUCGAUAUCCUGGUCAACAACGCUGGUAUCCUGCGGGACAAGGCUUUCACCAAUAUGGAUGACAACCUUUGGAAUUCGGUUGUUAACGUCCACCUGCGCGGUACCUACAAGGUCACCAAGGCUGCCUGGCCCUACUUCCUGAAGCAGAAGUACGGCCGUGUCGUCAACACCACCUCCACCAGCGGUAUCUACGGCAACUUCGGCCAGGCUAAUUACGCUGCUGCCAAGCUUGGUAUCCUGGGCCUCUCGCGCACUCUUGCCAUGGAAGGCGCUAAGUACAACAUCAAGGUCAACACCAUUGCCCCCAACGCGGGUACCAACAUGACCCGUUCGAUCAUGCCCGAGGAGAUGGUCCAGGCCUUCAAGCCGGACUAUGUCGCCCCUCUGGUGGUGCUUCUGUGCUCUGACAUGGCUCCUGAACCCUCGACAAAGGGUCUGUACGAGUGCGGCAGCGGCUGGUUCGGCCGCACCCGCUGGCAGCGCUCUGGCGGCCACGGAUUCCCCGUGGACGUCAAGCUGACCCCCGAGGCCGUGGUUUCCAAGUGGAAGGAGAUCACUAACUUCGAGGAUGGCCGUGCCGACCACCCCGAGGAUGGCCAGGCUGGUGCCGAGAAGAUCAUGGCCAACAUGUCCAACCGUGCCGGUGGUGACGCUGGCGACGCUGGCGUGAACGAGACCCUCCAGAACAUCGAGAAGGCCAAGUCGCUGACCACCGAGGGUUCCGCAUUCGACUAUGUCGACCGUGAUAUCAUCCUCUACAACUUGAGUCUCGGUGCCAAGCGCACCGAUCUGCCUCUGGUCUACGAGAACAACGAGCAAUUCCAGGCUCUUCCCUCGUACGGUGUGAUCCCGUGGUUCAACACUCAGACUCCCUGGAAUAUGGACGACAUCGUCAAAGACUUCUCCCCCAUGAUGCUGCUCCACGGUGAGCAGUACAUGGAGGUCCGCAAGUUCCCAAUCCCCACGGCCGCCAACACUCUGACCUACCCCAAGCUCAUCGACGUGAUCGACAAGGGCAACGCUGCCCUCGUUGUGGCCGGUUACACCACCAAGGACGCCAAGACCGGCGAGGACCUCUUCUACAACGAGUCGACUGUCUUCAUCCGCGGCAGUGGCGGCUUCGGCGGUUCUCCCAAGCCCACGGCUGCUCGCCCCAAGGCUGCCACCGCCGCGUACAAGCCCCCGCAGCGCAAGCCCGAUGCCGUGGUGGAGGAGAAGACCUCCGAAGACCAGGCAGCUCUUUACCGCCUGAACGGCGAUCGCAACCCGCUGCACAUCGACCCCGAAUUCAGCAAGGUCGGUGGCUUCAAGAUCCCCAUUCUGCACGGUCUUUGCUCGCUCGGUGUUUCGGCCAAGCACGUCUUCGCCAAAUACGGCGCCUACAAGAACCUUAAGGUUCGCUUUGCCGGCGUCGUGCUCCCCGGCCAGACUCUCAAGACCGAGAUGUGGAAGGAGGGCAACACCGUCCUCUUCCAGGCUACCGUCGUCGAGACUGGCAAGCCUGCUAUCAGUGGCGCGGGUGCUGAGCUGCUGGAGGGCGCUAAGGCGAAGCUGUAA